CACUGUUUCUCUUGGAUGGGACUUGCUGACUUGGUGGGCAGGCUCGCUGUCCAGAGGCAGCUGCCUUCCCAUCAUGCCGUGUUCUACAUGUGAUCCCAGGGGGUGAUCCAUGUGGUUUUGGGAAGGUCUCUAUGGAGGCUGCCCACCCCACAGCGAAUGUUUGGCAUUCCAGCCUAGCGGAGGCAUUUCCUGUCAACAAGACCCCUGGCAGACUUGCGCGCCUGAUCUCUGCUUCCCGCUGCUGUCUCCAUCCCUCUCGAUCCCGGCCUUGCUUCAGCUCGUGCUGGCCCUCGACGAGGAGCGCAGCUGUCAGCGGCAUCUUCCCUCGGGAUGCUGACGGGAGUUGUGCCGAGUUCUGUCAGACUUGUUUGUUUUCCUUUGUCCGGGAAUGCUGCUGUGCCGGAAAGACUCACGCGCUGGGACCCGGAGCUGCGGGCUUGGCUGCAAGCACUGGGAGGGGUCAUAGUAACCGGACAAAGGCUGAGUCACGCAUCUGAUAGGUUACGAGGUGAUUUGACGCUUUGCUUACGGGAGGCUUUCCCAGGCCUGCUGCUGGAACGUCUAAUCAGGCUCUGAGAACCGGGCUGGGCGGUUCUGCCAACUCCGAGGUGCAGCUCUUUUGCUUCUUGAAGUCUGGUAUUGCCUGGUGCUGGUCUGCCGUGACUGCAUUUGGUUCAACUUUUGAAAAAGUGUUUCUCCAGAAGAUUCCAGCAGCCAAACGUUCCUCGGGACUCAUUCGGUCAGGGCACCUGAUAACGUCGGAGAUGAUACAGGCGGUUAUCGGGGUUACUCUGCUCCGCAAUACCACAGGAGCCUUCAGGACCAGGGAGCUGCCCGGUUUUAAAUGACUGCUGCCACAGAGGAGAGCAAGUAAUUAAACAGAGAGGUGGAAUAAUUAAAGAGAGCUGGAACAUUUUGGAUAGGGGACAGAGAAGGUUCUCCAGAGACCCAGCACUUUCUGGAAUUAAUGACACGGUCUCUCUCUGCUUACUGUGAUGACGUUGAUGUGCUGUUACCAUAGAAACCAGGGUCCCAGUGCAGACGGUUGAUGUCCAGGUGCUGAGUAAGGUGAUGGCCAUGCAGGUGGAAGUCAAGUCAGUGGAUGUGGGGAGAGCCGGAGGUCUCGGGGGUCGUCUGCAUUUGAGUCCCCUGACGGACUCCAGCAACAAGAACCCCGUGGAGGGCUCUGGCCCAGGCUCCCUCAUCCUUAGCCCAGAGCCAGCUAAGCCUGUGCCGGGGCCUAAGCCACGCCUCACUCCCAAACCCUACAUGUUGGAGAAGAAUGCCACGGUGAGGCCCAUCCUUGCCCCCAAACCCAACACUAAGCCUCGGGUUGACUUGGCCCAACCUGGUGCCCUCAAGUCGGACCUGCCCAGCACCGCUAAACCCUCAGAGUCUCUGGCUAACUACCCUGCUCCAGCUACGACGACAACCACCCACAAGCCUGGCCUCACACAAACCCCGAGGCACCAUGUCCUCAGCAUGCCAACCUCUAUUUCGGCAGAUGUUGGGCCGCAGGGAGCAAACUUCAGACAACCGAAGGCCAAGCCUUCUACUUCAGCAGAGUGGUCCGGCACCACAGAGCGGGGGGAGGCACAGGAGAAGCCAGGAAGUCGCGAGCGGUCCAUCGUCAGAGCCAAGUCCAUGGGCUACCUCUCCCAUCAGGAGCGGGACAGCGCCAAAGAACAGGUUGCUGAGGAUUCCUCAGCCAAGGGUGUGACUUCAUUGAGGACAGGAACGUGGAGGAGCCUCAAGACACGGCCUGUCUCUGCCAUUUUGCUGCCAGGAGAGGCCCAGGCAGAAACUGUAGCCCCCGAUCCCAGUCCCCGCUGGAAGGGUCGGCGGCCUCUGUCCACGGACCUCACUGCCAAGUUUGAGUUGGUCGGUCUCUCACUGCACCGACGACCCAGCAGAACUGAUGCCAAGGAAAACACUCCAGAGAGGGUCAGCGAGGAUAACAGCAUGCCCUCAGGGAGGGGGGAGUGUGAGAAAGGGGCAGAGUCUGUGACAUCCUCUGUCCCAGAACACCAACCAAAGCCCUCCUUGCCUGAAAGGAAGAAUGAGAAAGAGGACAGCCGAGAGGAGGUACGGACAAGUGAUGGCAUAAAAAGGAGGAUCACCCGUCUGUUUGACUCCACCCUCCUGACCCCUGCUGCCGAGUCCUUGCCUGCUGGGGAGCCUCGAACCCCAGCACAGCCCGCUGUGAAUGUGGACAUCCCAAUGGGUGUGAAGCAGAGGAUCCAGAAGCUGACUGAAGAUUCGCCGUCCACUCCAGCUCCCACUCCGAGGAUGUUGUUUAAGCCCCGCCCCCUACCCCCCGACCUCACCAAACGCUUUGCUGUGGAGAAGUCGGAGGAGUUCAGCUGCUCUCCACCAAGCCCUCAGGGGAGGGAGGUGCCGAAGCCAAACUGUGGGAGCGACGGGAAGUUGGAUGAUCUUGCCAGCACUAAUCCAAUGGAGGGAGAGGAAGGGGAAGACAGGUUCCAUAUCCUAAGUGACUGGCUCCUCCAGGAACGCCAAGACCUAUCAGCUGAGGGGAUAAAGGGAGGCAUCCAGACAGACAGCAGAUUAGUGCAGGGUGUACCUGGCACCAUGGUUCAGACGGUACGAGCUGCCUUGUUUGAAAAUGUGGUGGAGAGGCAUAGUGUGCAAGUGCUGGAGGAGCCCACGUUUGUAGCUCGGCCUCGGAGGAGCCUUUCUCUGCGGUACGGGGAUGAACAGGCAAGAGCUCACAACCCGCUCCGUGUGGAUCACAUGUUUGACACUGUACCUGCCGUGGGUGAGCGGAAAGCAACAAGUGAGCGUGUGUCUAUUGCCCAGUUGGAGGAGAAGGCCAUGACCCUGCGAUCUCGCCGGGGAGGUGCAACUGAAAGUUUGCUCGAAACCACUGCACCAGAGGAGAUCCAGGGACCAUCUCUGUCCCUGGGCCCCAAGACAGAGCCCCGUGUUCUGAGGGUGGGAGCUUUGCAAAAGUGGCUCACUGAGACUGAUGGAGAGAUGCUCGGAGGAAAGGAGAAGGUGACUGAGAGGCAGAGACAGAUUGAGAAGGAGAAGGGGCAGAUUGAGCAGGAGAAGGAGAGGCUGAGGCAGAUUGAGAAGGAGAGGCUGAGGCAGAUUGAGCAGGAAAAGGAGAGGCUGAGGCAGAUUGAGCAGGAGAAGGAGAGGCUGAGGCAGAUUGAGCAGGAGAAGGAGAGGCUGAGGCAGAUUGAGAAGGAGAGGCUGAGGCAGAUUGAACUUGAGAAGCAGGUUGAGCAGGAGAAGGAGAGGAAGAGGCAGAUUAAACUGGAGAAGGAGAGAUUACAAGAGAUCGAGAGGCAGAAAGAGCAGCAGUGGAAGAAAAUGUCAGAAACUGAAAGAGAGGAUGUUGGGGCACCCAAGCGUUUAAAAAUGUUGGAGGCUGAGGAGCAGUCUUGCAGACCCAGGGCCACCUAUUUCGCCUUAACUGGACAGAUCCAGGACCCCAUAACCCAGGGUGACAGUGAGGAUAGCAAGGUUGCAGGCACAGAGCUGCUCUUCAAUGACUUUUCCACUGGAUCUGGCAGGAGGGGCACCCAACACAAGAUGACUUCAUUGCGUAGGAACCCUUCACUGGAUGCUGCGUUUCGUGGGGGGUGGGCCGCCGGCUGGACAGAGGAGGAGGCAGAGUCCAAGGCCUUGAUCGAGUCUUCAAGUUGCAGUGAGGUGGCGUGGGAGAUGGAACGAGAGGCAGAGGGCACAUCACAAAAAGAGAGUAUGGGGGUUGCACAAGCUGAGCUGGACAGGCCAAGGCAGAAACUAUUAGAGCUGCAGAGACACAUCAAGGAGGAGCAGGAGAGACAGAGGCACAGAGAGGCUGACGUGGAUCUGGAGAAGUGGCAGGAGCAGAGGGUGGAACUCAGCAGGCAGAAGGAGAAGCAGCGGCUCCAAGAGUUGGACAAGCAGCGUCUGGUGCAAUUGGAGAAGCUGGAGAAGGGCUGGGAAAAGGAGAAGAUGAGAGUACCAGCUAUGCAGCAGGAAGUGACCGAGGGGCAAGGUGAAGCCCCAUCCUUGCGUCCCCAGGUGCUGGAUUUGGAUACCAUGUCCCUCCAGGACCGGCACUGGGCAGGCAGCCCUAGUGGCUCACGAAAACAGCCAUCCUCUGAUCCUGACGGACUGUAUCAUGUGGCUAUCUUGGACAUUGACUCUUUCCAGGGCCAAACUCAAUCAGAUCUCACAGUCGACAUCCAAGGUGUAAGCAGUGCACCUCGGCCUCAGCCCACCAUGUCCAGACAAGCAGGUGUGCCACCUGUAACCACAGGGGAUUCUGAGCCCCCAAGGACCCCAUUUCAGAUGGAAUUCCUGGGGCAGGCAGAGAAGACCUCACUGGUGGGGGGGGCACCAACAUCAACUCCUUUGUCCCACAGCAAGACACCCAGCAGCCUUCUGACCCCUGUUCCUCCCGCCAAAGUGGCCCCCAAGCUCAGCCUUGAGCAGCUUCUCCAGCGGCACACAGAAAAGUUUUCUGGGAGUGGAAGGGCUUCUCAGGAACGCCGCUGGUCCACUAUGUUCGAGGAGGCCAAUACACCUGAAGUUGCCCCUCUGGACAACUGUAACUCCUUCCCCAGCUGGGAAACCUUGACAGCCAGGGUUCCUGACCCUCACAGGCUAGGUCGGCUGACCCAUACUACUCCAGAACAUUCCAGAUGGCCCACAGAGAAGGGAGUGGAGCAGGGAGGUGUCCAGAGGAAACAGGACUCGCCAGCUAAGGACGUGUUGCGGAUGCGGUCCCGCAGUGUCUCGCGGAGGUCAGCGCCAGUGGAGAGCAACCUGGAGGGGCCCCUGUCCAGGAUGAGGAGCCGCAGUGCCCACAGAGAGAGGGGCCGACACACCUGGGAGCAGCUGAAGAGGUGCACAAGCGGCGAGGAGGAGGGCAGAGACACCACCACACUGGUCCGUGAGGCGGACAGCCAGUACGGCACCUGGGAGACAGGCCUGCACACAGAGGACAGCCUGACUCCCGCCACCCCCACCUCGGAAAGCACUGUCAGCCCGCCCCCCUGGAAGCCCACCCCACCACACACGCCCAGUGAACUCAAUGCAACCGCUGCAGCGAUAGUGUCCCCCCAGGGGGAGGCGGAGCCUCUGUCCUUCCCAGAGACCUCCACCACUCUGCUGGACUCCAGCGCCCUGCGCUCGCGGGUGCAGCUGAGCAAACGGCGCAUUCGGCGCACCCUCCCGUCACGUGCAGCCCGCCACAGCGCCACGCUAUCCAUGCUCCAGGAGGGCACCGCAGACCUCAGCCGAGACUGGAUGUACCGCGACUCGACAGAGGAAAAGGCAGAACAGUCCAAGCAAGCAGAUUCUGACUCGGAGGAGCCGCUCCGGCCAUCAGUGCCCUGCACGCCCAGCUCCCAGCUCCAGAGAGCGGCCCUUUUCCCUGGCAUGGACCCCUCUGCUCUCAAAGAUCAGCUCAAGAAGCGUGGGGACCCUGACAAUCAGACCGAUGGGCCUACUCCUGCGCCUUCUCAGCUGUCACGUUCCCCCAAAUCUCCCUUCCUCCCCCGGGCCUCCAGAGUGCUGCCUCCUGCUGGUGGAAAAGAUAACGAGGAGGAGUCCUCCCCACAGUGGCUGAAGGAGCUGAAGUCUAAGAAGCGCUUUAGUCAGUACGAAAAUGAGGCCUAGUCCAAAUGGACGGUUGCCUUAAAACUAGAGAAUGUGCAGAAGCUACAGAACAGUGACAUCAGAAGCCUUAACUUUUGACCUGGAUGUGAACAGACCUGUGCUGCUGCUGACGUGACCUCCAUGUCCUCCUUUAACUUCCUGUUGGAUGUCUGAAAUAUGUGCAUGGUGCCUUUUUUAAAAGAUAUAUUUUUUUGACAAGAUAAGUUGGAGUAAACCAGAAACUGCUUUUAUUUUUCCAUACCGAAUCUGCUUGAUCCUUUUACUAUGGGAAGGAUCUCCAAGCCACUUUGCUCUCUCGCUGCGUGGGGGAUGGAGGACCAGGCUGAACCACUUCCUGUCUGCGUAUGGUUGCAGUUCUGGAAGAUCUGCUUGAAGGCCCUGAAGCCACAUCCCUGCAAGCGCUUCCUCAAACUGGAACUACAUUCCAGAAACAUAAAAAAACUUUGUUUUCUAUUUUGAUUUAAAUGUGCACAUUUGGUGUAUCUUUGUGGGUAAAAGUUGGCAUAUUCAGUGAAUGGUCACACAAAGUUGCCAUAGUCUCUUUUAUUAUGUUAUAGAGAAAAAAUCAACAACAACCUGGCAUUCAGCAAAAUGUAAUAACUUCUUAUUGUCAACUGUUUUGUAUUUGUAUUUUUUGCUGAUUUAAAAGUGUAAAUGUUACUCAAAUGCAGAAAAAAAUGUAGCCAGUGAAAUAAGUUUAUAAUGGAACCAUCCAUAGCAGUCAUUGUAACUGUCGCUGUAGGAAUUAGUGAUUUUUAUCGCUCAGAUGCAACCAAGCAAAAUUAGCUUUAGUACAAGAAGCAAAUGGCUGCCUUGUCAUGAACUGAUUCCGCUUCUGAAGAGAAAUAAAGAGCCUGUACGCUGGGACCCUGGUCAGUUUGUUAUUCCUUCAGGAAUCUAGCUAAGAUGGAGAACGGUGAGCUAAACACAGCUUCUGGACUGGAUCUGAGGGUCUUCCAUGAUACAGACAUGAGUAGGUGGGUUGCUUGUGAGGUUUGGACUACACCUGUGCUUGUAGUUGUGUCAAAGGGUAUGGGUGAAGUUUAAUGUGGUCCAUAGUGAGCCGAAGGCUUGACACCUUAUGCAUCUUGGCUUUGAUCAUGUGUGUUACCACCCCAGUACAGCAGGUGGCAGUGUGUGUUCUUGCCUGCUCUUUGGAUGUAAUUUUUGUUUGGCAAAAGUAGUGAUGUGGAGGCAAUGGCAACAUCAUUUGAAGAUUAAGUGAUUAUGAUCAUGUUGCUGCAGUAUAUACUGUGGAAUAAUUCAGAAAUCACGCUGCGCCACCCUCAUAAAGAAUAUAUGUGAAACCUUUUGACACAGUAAACCACAUCUGAAGGGAAGCUAUGGCAGGAGUUCGGACCACAGAGUUAGGAACUAGUUUACAGUGCCAUAAGACUGACAUAAGAUGUGGCCUUAACCCUUGGUCUGUCGCUGCACUUAGGGUUCAUCAGCUAAAAGCGAGCAAAUCGUGUCCUUAGUGAUUAUGCAAUAGAGCCUCCUAGUGGCUAGUCUGAUAAAUGGGCUACACAAUAUGCACAGAUCUGGCUGGCUUACCAGUGGGCCACCCUUUGAACGCACUGCCUGAUGUCAAAAUGUAUAUUGUUAUUGUCCUUUUUAAUAAGCAGAAGUGUGACUGAGAGGCACCAGGGAAUGGAUGGCAGGAAUCAGGCUGCGGGCAGUUGAGAGCAUCUAAUCAUGGUGCAUCAUUAGCACCAGGGAGUCUGUGUUAGAGCUACAAGUCUCCCAGACUGCUGUGACUCCUGGAUGGGAAAAGGCUACACUGUCAGAGACUUAUUUGCAAAAUAAUAUGCUGACUGCUACUGGGUGCACUACGAAUGAUAUAAAUUAUUCUACCAUAAAGUUUAGAGAGAGAAAUGCUUAUAUCUGUCCAACAGAAAUGUAUAGAUCGAUUGCCUGGGAUUAAAACUAACUUCUAAUUGUUUUGCUGCCUUGUUAAGUUUUCUUGACCAUUGACUUUACUGCUAUUGACUUUACUGCUUUCCAAAGAUUUGCCAGAAAAUAGCCGCAGAUCCUCCCCUUUCUGCUCUGAAAAUUCCAGCAAGCACUUUGAAGCUGUUGAUUGACAACAGAAGUGACCAAGUCCUCUUUCAGUAGCAUAUCCCGCCUUCCAUGUUGCUGAUCGUCAGGUGUUGGAAUGCUGACAAUCUCGCCUUGUCAAUGUGUUUUGUUUUCCCUUUGGAGUUUGUGGUCCGUCUCGCAUGUAUAACUUGUGUGUUUUUACUCCUCAGUGCCAUUUUGUCAGUCUGGGGGAAACUUCCUUAUCUUGUGAUAUUACAAAAUGUGUCCGUUCCUAAAUAAAAUUUCCUGUAACUUUG